AAAAGUCUAAAAUGUAUGACUAAAUCUGAUGUUUAUUGUAUCUUCCAGCAGCAGAAGAAUCUGGAGGGGUAUGUGGGCUUCGCCAGCCUGCCCAACCAAGUGUACAGGAAGUCCGUGAAGAGGGGCUUUGAGUUCACCCUGAUGGUCGUGGGUGAAUCGGGCCUGGGCAAGUCCACACUCAUCAACUCCCUGUUCCUCACAGACCUGUACUCUGCAGAAUACCCCGGGCCCUCACAUCGAAUCAAAAAGACUGUACAGGUGGAACAGUCCAAAGUGCUAAUAAAAGAGGGUGGUGUGCAGCUGCUCCUCACCAUCGUGGACACCCCGGGCUUUGGAGAUGCCGUCGACAACAGCAACUGCUGGCAGCCCGUCAUCGACCACAUAGAUAGUAAGUUUGAGGACUACCUGAACUCAGAGUCUCGUGUGAACCGCCGACAGAUGCCCGACAGCAGAAUCCACUGCUGCCUGUACUUCAUCGCCCCCUCUGGACACGGACUGAAGCCGCUGGACAUCGAGUUCAUGAAGAGGCUCCAUGAGAAGGUCAACGUGAUCCCACUGAUCGCCAAAGCAGACACACUCACCCCCGAGGAGUGCCAGCAGUUCAAGAAACAGAUAAUGCGUGAAAUCCAAGAACACAAAAUCAAGAUCUACGAGUUUCCAGAGACAGACGACGAGGAGGAGAACAGGAUGGUCAAGAAGAUCAAGGACAAACUGCCAUUGGCCGUAGUAGGAAGCAACACUAUCAUCGAAGUGAACGGAAAGCGGGUCCGAGGGAGGCAGUACCCCUGGGGAGUGGCAGAAGUUGAAAACGGUGACCACUGUGACUUCACCAUCCUCAGAGACAUGCUCAUCAGGACCCACAUGCAGGACCUGAAGGACGUCACCAACAAUGUCCACUACGAGAACUACAGGAGCAGAAAACUGGCUGCGGUCACCUACAACGGAGUGGACAACAAUCGCACCAAAGCACAACUCUCCACCAAGAGUCCUCUGGCCCAGAUGGAGGAGGAGAGGAGGGAACACGUGGCCAAGAUGAAGAAGAUGGAGAUGGAGAUGGAGCAGGUGUUCGAGAUGAAGGUCAAGGAGAAGGUGCAGAAGCUCAAGGACUCGGAGGCUGAGCUGCAGAGGAGACACGAGCAGAUGAAGAAGAACCUGGAGGCUCAGCACAAAGAGCUGGAGGAGAAGAGACGCGUGUUUGAGGACGAGAGGAACAAGUGGGAGGAGCUACAGAGGCUGGAGCAGCAGAAACUCGAGGCGUCCAGAACUCUGGAGAAAAACAAAAAGAAAGGCAAGAUCUUCUAAUGCGGCGGGCAGUACCACGCUGGGUCGUGUUUGCCAACGACUGCGGUCAGGACUCCGGCGUGCGGCUCUGACCCCGCCCUCCCGUACGCCACCGCUCCCGGCCACCAGAGGGAGCGCCGGGGUUCCGCACUGCCUACGGACUCAUCACCAUCAACGAAUGUGUUUACUUUAACCACGCCACAAAAGAUAACCCCAUUUUAGAAAGGCCAAACCCCCAUCUGUUCUCAUGCCAUUCUUUUCUCAAAGGUGCAAUAUGUAACUUUUUGUUUGAGGGGUCCGUCACCUGCUUGUUUCUAUGGAUACGUCUAUAUGUACUCUGCCUGGAAUGUUCCACAGUAUGACAUUAAACAGCUCUACCUUAUAUUGAUUCAAUUACAGGUGGUUUUAUAGCUCAAAAAUACCUAGAUCUGACCUGUAACCUGGUCUGGUUUCAUCUCCAUGAAGACGAGAGACUGAGAAACAUUCCAGACAAAGCAAUAACAUCUUCAUGGAGAAAAAUAUUUGUUGGACCCUCCACCAGAAAAGUUACACAAUGCACCUUUAAGGCUCAUUUGUGCUCUACGUUCUAAACGCGUACACAUUUCUGUUGGUCUUCUGGGUUGCCCUGUCCGUCAUUUGGUCCAUCUCUUCUUCAAAAGCAGUGGAGCUGUACAUGAGCUGACCACUGGGGGCAGUAUUGAACACAACUCGAUAUUGGAGGCAAACAUAAAAUAAAAAAAAAAGUCACUAAAACCAUCUACAAAACAAAUAAAUGUUUUGCUCUCCACAUUUUUCCUGACUUUUUUCCACCAGAUACGAUUGGAAAAACUGGACGCCCUCAUGUUUGUUGCUCUAUUUUGUCCAUUUUGGUCAGUUCCCAAACAGACUUUAGUGCCCUCUGGUGGUGGCUUAAAGGUGCACUGCACAACUUUUCUGAUGGACGGUCCGCUUCCUGCUCGUCUCCAUGGCGAUGUCAUUGCUUUGACUGGAACAUUCCACAGUACACAUUAAACCGAUCUAUCACGAGGGAGACAAGCGGGUUACAACACUACGCUACAUUACAGUUCAGAUCUGUGGAGAGGCGCCUCUAUUUACAGACAGAAUUACCGUAUAUUCUGGACUAUAAGUCACACGGGACUAUAAGUCGCACUUUUUGGGGAAAUGUAUUUUGCAAAAUCAGAGACCAGGAACCGACAUUUCAUCUUGAAAGGCAAGUUCUAGUAUUAACAACAGACUGAAGUUACUUAUAUUAAUAUUAACAGUUAUUCAGAUAAUUAUAGCAUAAACAACAGAAUAUAAGUUUACCAAACUCUCCAUCUCACUCCAAAUCACUAAAUCUAUUGAAUUCUUCAUCCUCUGUGUCACUUCUGUGUGACCUCCGGAGAUAAACCAUAGAUCCAUGAUGUAAACAGAGCGCCACUUCCUCUUCUGUGUCGCUGUCAUCAGACUCAGCAUCAGUUCCAGUUAGAAUUAUUCCGGCCUGGCUAUCAGUCUGAAAAUUUUAAUAUAUAAGCUGCACCGGAGUAUAAGUCGCAGGAAACACCCAAACCAUGAAAAAAGUGCCACUUACAGUCUGAAAAAUACGGUAUUUUAUUUUAAAGCAAUAGAAACACACGUAAUGAAUAAAUGCAAAAUGAUGCGUUUAAUAUACAAAAUUUCCAGCGAGACAAGUAGUACCCAAGAAAAGUUACACAGUGCACUUUUAACUGAACACUGUCUUUACAUUGGAGAUAUUUGGUUUAAGUAUAAAAAGUAUUAACGCAGUGACGCACGCAUGUGUUUACGUACAAAAGUGGAGCAUAAAUGAGCCUUUAAUGUAAUCGUCGUCAUACUGAUUCUGUCUCAGCCCCUCCGCUGCUCUCUCUAAAACCAAGGUUGCUUCGAUGGACUUGUGUGUGUGUGUGUGUGUGUGUACAGUUAAAUUUCAGACAAAAUGUUGUACAAUCAUCUUCUGGUGGUGAAUUUGUUUACAGGAAUUCUGACGUGUGAAUAGUACGGUAGCUCUGAAGGGACAAGUGGCAUGGUUGCAAAAACUACAACGAAUAUACAAGUGAAAGUGUCUAAUUAAAGUAAGUUAAAGGGCUCAUAAUACACGAUUUUUCUCAUCACAAACAGACCUGGAGUUGUGUUUUGUUUCAUUCACACGUUUAACACACAAAUUUUGCAUAUUUACAGGCUGAGGAAGUGCUCCACUGUGUUUUUAAACUCCAUACACCUUCACUAGAAUCAUUUGGGUGAUUUUUACAAAGAAUUGCUCAUUUCUAUUAAACAAAAAGUAAACAGUAGCAGUUCUCUACAGCUUCAUGACAUCACAAAGUGGAACAGUGCAUUUUGAGCUUUAUAGAUAUACACAGACUAAUAAAGUGUUACUCAAACAUGUGUGAAUGAAACAAAACACAACUCCAGGUCUGUUUUUGAGGAGAUAACAACAUUCUAACACGGCUUAAAGCUCACAAGAGUCAAUUUUACGUAAUAUAGGACCUUUAAAGGGACACAAUGUAACUUUUCUUCUGCGUGGUCAACGUGCAACUUGUCUCCAUGGAGGUGUUUCUUUUUUGCCUAGAAUGUUCCACAAAAUGACAUUAAAUAAUCUAUAUCCAUGGAGACAAGCAGGUAAUGUUACUAGACCCAGUUUUACAAGUCAGAUCUGCUCACUGUUACAUUUUUUUUCUAUGUUUUUUUUUUUUUUUACAAUAACAUUCAAUAAAAAUACAAUACUGAUAAUUUUAAUGUCAUACUGUAGAAUCAUACAGGCAACAAAAUAUCUCCGUAGAGACGAGCAGAAAAGUUACAUUGCGGAGCUUUUAAAUACUUUUGACUUUGUGCUCUUUUUUUAGCCGUAAAUUAAAGUUAUAUUCCAAGAUAGCUUUUGCAACCUCCCAUAAGUAAGUAUAACUCUGCAUUAUUUUUGUGUUUUUGUGAUUUGCGGUCACUUGUCCUUCGGGGCCUCCGUAGUAGUGAACCUUUUAUGGUGAGGACGUGAACUCACUCAUUUUACUUUAGACUUUGCGUUACAGUUGAAAGUGCAGAAAUAAAACAAUAAAACCGCACCUUGGGCCUUUUUAUAGAUAUGAAUUAUGUAACCCCCUCCUUCUCCCUUUUGUGUUUAUCUAUUCUUGGACCACCAUUAUAACUUUAUUUUUAUAUAUACCGAGCCAGCUGAAGUUCUCACAUCUUUUAUAAGAAAAUCUGUUUGGAUGUGCCCUGGUUGAACUAAAGGACUGUUUAAAGUGGGACAUGAAGAGACAACACCACACUUUGCUUUGGCUAUGUAUCCAUUUGUAUUUUUAAUGUUGUUUUUCAUUUGUACUUGUACAAAGUCACUUAAUAAACCUGUGAUGACAUGGA